GACGCCAGCCGGCGUGGGAGAGCGUUCCCAGGUCUGCAGCCCCGCGAUGGGGCGGACCUGGCCGCCGCUGCUGCUCUUGCUCCCCGCGCUCUGGGGAGGAGCGAUCCCUGAGGCGAAGGAAGGAACUACGUCCCUCCUGCCAGGCCCGGGACCUUUCCCAGGGAGUCUGCGAGCUGGCCACAUGCCAUUUUUCUUUCAUCCAGCCAGUGGGCACCAGACAGCCUCGGUGUUUCCGCCCACCCAUCCUGAAAGCCCAGGUACAGGAAGGGCACACCUUCGCAGGACGACCUCUGCCAGGUCCAAGUCCCAUCUGUCUCUGGCGUUUAAUCACACAGUCGGGCGCAUCAUACUUUCUGAACAUAAAGAUGUCAAAUUUAACUGCUCAAUUAGCAUACCUACUAUCUACCAGGACAUAGCCCAGAUUUUUUGGUGGAAAGAUGGGAAGGAGUUGCUUGGGACACAUCGUGCAAUUACUCAGUUUUAUCCAGAUGAUGAAAUUCUAGCCAUCAUUUCUUCCGUCAGCAUAAGCAACGUGCAGCGUUCCGACAAUGGCUCAUACAUGUGCAAGAUGAAAAUAAACGAUGACGACAUUGUGUCUGAUCCCAUCGACGUUGAGGUGCAAGGACUCCCUUAUUUUACGAGGCAGCCAGAGAGCUUGAAUGUCACCAGCAACACAGCCUUCAACCUCACCUGCCAGGCUACAGGCCCCCCCGAGCCAGUCAGCAUUUUCUGGAUCCAGAAUAGCAGCCGCAUUAAUGACCGACCGGAACAGUCCCCCUCUGUUCUAACGGUUCCUGGUCUGACAGAGAUGGCCAUCUUCAGUUGUGAGGCUCACAAUGAUAAAGGGCUGACCGUGACCAAGGGCGUGCACAUCAACAUCAAAGUAAUCCCCUCACCGCCCACCGCAGUCCAGGUUCACAACAGCACUGCACACAGCAUCCUGAUCUCCUGGGUUCCCGGCUUUGAUGGCUACUCUCCCUUCCAGAACUGCAGUAUUCAGGUCAAGGAAGUUGAUCUGCCGAGUAAUGGCUCACUCAUGGUCUUUAACACCUCUGCUUCACCACAUCUGUAUCAAAUCGAGCAGCUGCAAGCCCUGGCUAAUUACAGCAUCAGUGUUUCCUGCAUGAACGAAGUCGGCUGGUCUGCCAUGAGCCCUUGGGUUCUGGCCAGCACCACGGAAGGAGCCCCCUCAGUAGCCCCCCUGAAUGUCACUGUGUUUCUGAACCAAUCGAGUAACAAGGUGGACAUCAGAUGGAUCAAACCUCCACUACUGCGGCAGAAUGGGGAGCUGACGGGGUACCGGAUCUCCCACACAUGGCAGAGUGUGGAGACAUUUAAAGAGCUUUCUGAAGAGGUGGGCCAAAAUGACAGCCACGCCCAGAUUCCCGUUCAAGCCCACAACGCCACAUGCACAGUGAGGAUCGCUGCCAUCACCAGAGGGGGCGUGGGGCCUUUCAGUGGCCCCGUGAACAUAUUCAUCCCUGCACACGGUUGGGUAGAUUUUGCCCCAUCAUCAACCCCGGCACCUGGCAACACAGACCCCGUGGUCAUCAUCCUCGGCUGCAUCUGUGGCUUCAUUUCAGUUGGGUUGAUUUUCUAUAUCUCGCUGGCCAUCAGAAAGAGAGCCCGGGAAACAAGGUUUGGGAGCGCCUUCGCAGAGGAGGAUUCUGAGUUGGUGGUGAAUUACAUAGCGAAGAAGUCCUUCUGCCGGCGCGCCGUGGAGCUCACCCUGCACAGCUUGGGCGUCAGCCAGGAACUGCAAAAUAAACUAGAAGAUGUUGUGAUGGACAGAAAUCUGUUAGUUCUUGGGAAAAUUCUGGGAGAAGGAGAGUUUGGGUCUGUCAUGGAAGGAAGUCUUAAUCAGCCAGAUGGGACUUCUCAGAAAGUAGCCGUGAAGACCAUGAAGUUGGACAAUUUCUCGCAGCGAGAGAUUGAGGAGUUCCUCCGGGAAGCUGCGUGCAUGAAAGACUUCGACCACCCCAACGUCAUCAGCCUCUUCGGUGUCUGUAUAGAAAUGAGCUCUCAGGGCAUCCCAAAACCCAUGGUUAUUUUGCCCUUCAUGAAAUACGGGGAUCUGCAUACCUACUUACUUUAUUCCCGGCUGGAUACAGGACCAAAGGGUGCAACAACUUCGGAUGUUAGGUCCCCCCGCUUCUUCAGCCCGCUUCCAGGGAGCCAUUCAAGAGCCUGCUGGCAGUCUUCAAAAUCAAUAGAUAGUUCUAGUUUAAGGUUGCGGGACGACAUGACGGUGUGUGUGGCAGACUUUGGCCUCUCCAAGAAGAUUUACAGUGGUGAUUACUACCGCCAAGGGCGCAUCGCCAAGAUGCCUGUGAAAUGGAUCGCCAUAGAGAGCCUUGCCGAUCGAGUCUACACAAGCAAAAGUGACGUGUGGGCAUUUGGCGUGACCAUGUGGGAAAUAGUGACGCGAGGGAUGACUCCCUAUCCUGGAGUCCAGAACCACGAAAUGUACGACUAUCUUCUUCACGGCCACCGGCUGAAGCAGCCCGAGGACUGCCUGGAUGAACUGUACGAAAUCAUGUACACCUGCUGGAGAGCGGAUCCUUUGGACCGCCCGACCUUUUCGGUGCUGAGGCUGCAGCUGGAGAAGCUCUUGGAAAGUCUGCCUGAUGUUCACGACGAAGCAGGCGUCAUUUACAUCAACACCCAGUUGCCCGGGAGCUGCGAGGGCCUGGCAGAGGGCCCUGCCUUUGCUCAACUGGACCUGAACAUCGAUCCUGACUCCAUCAUCGCUUCGUGCAGUUCCCGAUCUGCCGUCAGCGUGGUCACGGCAGAAGUUCAUGAGACCACCCCGCAGGAGGGGAGGUAUAUCCUGAACGCGGGGAGCGAGGAAUGGGAAGAGCCGGCUUCUGCCGGCCCCGCCAGGGUGACACCUGGAAAGGAUGGGGUUUUAGUGGAAGACAAGCUGAGAAGGAACAGGGCCAGCUGGUCCCAUUCUAGCACGCUCCCCUUGGGGGGCACCUCACCGGACGAACUUCUGUUUGCUGACACCGCCUCGGAGGAUUCAGAUGUCGUGAUGUGAUGAGAACAGAGAGAAGAUGUUCCCCAGCUGGGUAAAUCCUUCCACUUUCGAAGGAUCUGUGUACGUUGGUACUUCUGUAUGUCUGUCCCUUUCCAAUUAAACCCCACAGCCCCAAAGCACCAGAUGAAUGUUGUCGAGUAAGUCAUCAUGAAAAAAGACAUGCUAUGUAUUUAUUAAAAUAGAUAUAUAUGUGUAAAUGUGUGUAUAUGAUAGAAAGAGACAGAUGCUAUAUUUUAAUACGAGAUGACAAUUUCAUUUCACUUCGCCUUGCAGGUCCUCAGAUUUAAACUCACAUAGCCUCCUCUCUGGAGCCGCUCCUGGGUAAUAACAUUUGUACAGUCAAAGUUGGUGUUUAAGUACUUUUUUUAAAUGACUAUCAAAUUUAAAGAUACUUGUAAAAUAAAAUGCCUUAUUUGA